UGAUGGUGGAGGCGGCGGCCGGUGGGCUCGACGAGGCGGCGAUCAAGGCGCUGCCCAAGGUGGUGUAUGGCACGGCGGCGGCGGCGGAGAGCAGCUGCGCGGUGUGCCUCGGCGAGUACGGCGGCGGCGACGAGCUCCGGGUGCUCUCCUGGUGCGCGCACUCCUUCCACCGCCACUGCGUCGACCCGUGGCUGCGCCUCAACCCGACGUGCCCCGUCUGCCGCACCUCGCUCGCCGACCAGCCCACACAAUCAUGACUACUACUCCCUCCAUUUCAAAAUAUAAGGAACAACCCCCUUAACCCAAAGAUCAAGAAAUAAUUAAUAUUAUCUUGUAGAUUGGAUCAUCCUAAUAAAUAUAAUACAUGUAUCCAAUAAAACAUCUAAAAAAGUGAUUGUGCCUUAUAUUAUGUAAUAUGUAAUCAUGUAAACCAAGCAGAGCAGAGCAGAGCAUAUACACUGUGAAAAGGGCUCGAAUACGAAUUUGAAAUUCAAUCUCCCCCAAAUUCCAUUUCGUUCAAACCAUCGAUCUACAAUGUUCAAACACAAGACACAACUUAGAUUACAUCACUACUAGUAUUACACAGGCAUUACCGGGGAAUAUAUCCAAACCACCCUGCCUGAUGGGUUGAUGGAUAAUCUUAAAUGGAUGGAUAAGAGGAUGCACAUCCACAUCCAACCUUAUUCAUAGAUAGCUAAUCAAGUCAUUACACAUAAUACAGCACAGGUACAAACACAGACAGACGGACGGACAGACGACGGUAUAUAUGUCCUAAGAUUAAUGUGCUUACAGCAAGUUAGGCAUGAUAAGAGAUAUUAUGAGCAUGAUGGGUAGGGUACACGUAUGUAUGUAUGUAUGUUGCUGUGCCACACCACAAUCAUACCAUACAUACAAGCAAGCUAAACUGAUGCAGAGCCUAAUAACCGGCUGUCACCCAGCAACGUCAGUUCCUUGGUCGAUUUGAUUACACAAUGCAAAUGCGAAUGAUUCCUAAAAGGCGUACAUCACGGACAAGGGGAGGAGGAUGAUGAUUCGUUGGGGGGUUUCAUCUUCAUCUUCAGGUGCACUUCACG